AUGCUCAAAGGCGACGAGUUUUAUGACCGCUCUCCGGAUCUGACCUGGAGCAUCAGCGAUUUAUGCCGUGGCAUCACACCCGUCAGCCUUAUCAAGGAGUGGGGCAGCUCAGGCAGAGGCGGACAAGCGCCUGGUACAGGGCUUUUGCCAGCAGCUGGAGCUGACUCUGAUGGAGCGACUAGGUGGAUGCAAGUUUUUGAGGACAGUGGAUACUGGCUAAGGGAUGACCUUCGUGCACAACAGGCCAACAAUAAGGGUCCCUAA